AUGAAUAAAGGCUGGCUGGAGUUGGAGAGCGACCCCGGUCUCUUCACGCUCCUGGUUGAAGAUUUUGGGGUCAAGGGAGUGCAGGUUGAGGAAAUUUAUGAUCUGCAGAGCAAAUGCCAAGGCCCUGUGUAUGGAUUCAUCUUCCUGUUCAAGUGGAUUGAGGAGCGCAGGUCACGCCGGAAGGUCUCUACCCUGGUGGAUGAGACGUCGGUGAUCGAUGAUGACAUCGUUAAUAACAUGUUCUUUGCUCACCAGCUGAUCCCAAAUUCCUGUGCAACCCAUGCCCUACUGAGCGUCCUCCUGAACUGCAACAAUGUUGACCUGGGGCCCACGCUGAGCCGCAUGAAGGAUUUCACGAAAGGAUUCAGCCCAGAGAGUAAAGGCUAUGCCAUCGGCAAUGCCCCAGAGCUGGCCAAGGCCCAUAACAGCCAUGCCAGGCCAGAGCCGCGUCACUUGCCGGAGAAGCAGAACGGCAUCAGCGCUGUGCGAACCAUGGAGGCUUUCCACUUUGUCAGUUACGUCCCCAUCAAGGGACGGCUCUUUGAGCUGGAUGGGCUGAAGGUCUACCCUAUUGACCAUGGGCCAUGGGCUGAUGACGAGGAAUGGACGGACAAAGCCAGGAGAGUAAUCAUGGAGCGCAUCGGCCUGGCCACUGCAGGGGAGCCAUACCAUGACAUCCGCUUCAACCUGAUGGCAGUGGUGCCUGAUCGGAGGAUGAAGUACGAGUCCAAGCUGCACAUCCUAAAGAUGAACCGCCAGACUGUGCUGGAGGCCUUGCAGCAGCUUAUCCGAGUAACUCAGCCUGAGCUGAUCCAGACCCAGAAAUCUCAGGAGUCUCAGCCUCCUGAAGAGGCAAAGCCAGCCAGCAGCAAGACUGUACUUCAAGAAAGUACCCAUUCAGAGGGCAGUGAUGAGCCUGCCAGCCAGGGCCACCCUGUGGCUGCGCAGAGCCCACCCAACAAAUCCAAACCAGUGGCAAAGACGUCAGCAAGCACUAUCAACGGGGCACCUCCAGCCAACCCCAACCCUAUUGUGCAGAGGCUGCCAGCCUUCCUGGAUAAUCACAACUAUGCCAAGUCCCCAAUGCAGGAGGAGGAAGACCUUGCAGCAGGAGUGGGUCGCAGCCGGGUCCCGGUCCGGCAGCACCAGCAGUACUCGGAUGAUGAGGAUGACUACGAUGAUGAUGAGGAGGAAGAAGUUCGUAACACCAACUCAGCCAUCAGGUACAAAAGGAAAGGGCAGGUAAAGCAGGAGCACAUGGCGGGGCCUGCGGAUGGCCAGCUCUCUGUCCUCCAGCCCAACACCAUCAACGUCCUGGCUGAGAAGCUGAAGGAGUCUCAAAAGGACCUUUCCAUUCCCCUGUCCAUCAAGACGAGUGGCGGGGGUGCCGCCGUGGCGGUUGUCACCCACUCCCAGCCCUCUCCCACCCCCAGCAACGAGAGCACCGACACCGCCUCCGAGAUUGGCAGCGCCUUCAACUCGCCGCUGCGCUCUCCCAUCCGCUCAGCCAACCCCACGCGGCCCUCCAGCCCUGUCACCUCCCACAUCUCCAAGGUGCUCUUCGGGGAGGAGGACGGCCUGCUGCGCGUCGACUGCAUGCGCUACAACCGCGCCGUCAGAGACCUGGGGCCUGCCAUCAGCACCGGCCUGCUGCACCUCACGGAGGACGGCGUGUUCUGCCCGCUGGCUCUUGCAGACGGGGGGAAAGGCUCCCCUGCUUCCAUCAAACCCGGUGAAGAGGCCCCGGCUGCAGUCAGACUGGAUGAGAAGGAGGGCAGUGAGGCCAGUGACAGCAAAGAGAAGGUGGGACUUGGCAGGACCAGUGAUCACCCUGGGGGGGAAAAGUAUUCUCCCAAGGAGUUGCUGGCACUGCUGAAGUGUGUGGAGGCAGAGAUUGCAAACUAUGAGGCCUGCCUGAAGGAAGAGGUGGAAAAGAGAAAGAAGUUCAAGAUCGAUGACCAGAGGAGAACUCACAACUAUGAUGAGUUCAUCUGUACCUUCAUCUCCAUGCUGGCCCAGGAAGGCAUGCUGGCAAGCCUGGUGGAGCAGAACAUCUCAGUGCGCAGGCGGCAGGGGGUCAGCAUCGGGCGCCUGCACAAGCAGAGGAAGCCGGACCGCCGGAAACGCUCCCGCCCCUAUAAAGCCAAGCGGCAGUAG